AACAGUAGGAGCGUCAGUAAAUGAUUGUUAGCCGGAGUGAAAAGACGCAGUGUUUAUCGUAUGCCGUGCUGUCAUAUUUAUGAUCAUUUUACAAGCAGAAGGAAUUAUUGUGUAUUGAUAAGGUGAUCCGGCGGAUCUUUAAUAAUCCCGUCUGCUAAUAUAUUUGGAUUAUAUUAUUUAUCAGUGUUAAAUCUUUUGCAAAAUAUAUAAAUACUUUUUCAUUUUAUAGUGUUAAAAGAAAUCAAAAUGACUUGUGUUUUGUCAAUGUCAGCUUUGUACACGAACCCAUUUAGCGAGGACAGUGCAGAUAUACAGAAUAAAGUAUGUGAAAGUUUUGAUUUUAAUUGGUUAAAUGCCAGUCAGCCACAUUCCGUUUUAUCCACGUAUCAAAGAUUUCCCGACUCGUGUCACGUAGAAGAGAGCGCGGGUCCGUCGACUUGGUGCCAAAUGGAUAUUUCAAAUGGACUAACUGGAAACACCAAACACGAGCAUCUCGAUGUACAUAACAAAGAUAGUUACGGCGCAGACCUGGAAUCAAAUGACAUGGAAAAGCAUGUUCAUACAAACGAGAAAAGGUUGUUUGAAAUGUGCAAUGAGACAGAAGUGGAGCCGGAUCACACGAAUAUAAAAAAACACGGAGUCAAACGAAAAGCAGGAAACACGGAGUCCGAAGAAGUGUACAUUCCAUCAAAAAGAGUCUCACCAUUUUUAAACACACCGAAAGAAAGAAAAGACAAACGAAAGAAAAUUCUGAAAAUCUCAAUUAAAAAGUUAAAACAACUGGAUGACCCCGAAGCCUUUCUUAGAAGAACAGUUCUUGUUAAUAAUACAACGAAACGUCUACAACUUGAAUUACGACAAGAAAAACGUAGGACUAAGAAAUUUGCAUCAGAUAAAACAAAUACUUCUAGCGGAUACGGUGCAUUGAACAAUAGUUGUAUAUCAGACACUUACUUGAUUGAUGACCCCUUCCUGUGCGGAGUUCAUGAGAAAAUCACGGACGAUAUGACAGACACACUCAUUAAUAACGUGUUUCAUGAAAAAUUGAAUGAGAAGACUGAAGUGUCUGAUAUUGGUGAAAAGUCAGACAUAAUAUCCAAAAGAAAUGAAAGUCCCUGAUGAACAGUCUUUUGAUGACUCAAGAAAUAUCACUGGUGACAAUUCAAAGCAAAGUUCUGGUUACGAUAAUUCGGCUGUUAUACAAUCUGACAACGAGUGUAGCAUUGUGCCAUAUUUAAAUAACUGCACAGGUACGCAAACAAGUCUGUUGACAGGGGUUAAGGGUUAGAAGUAGCAAAAUAAUGCAUUGUAAGCAGCGUUGUAGGGAAAUUCAAAAAUAUCUGUUCUGAUGAUAGUGAUACAGUAAAUCUAGGCAAAAGUGACAUUAAAGCUGUACAAAACGUUAAAUUGUCUUCAAGCGAAGUGCAUGGCGCUGAUAUAAGAACUGUGAUAAAUUACCCUCAGCUAACCUAUUUAAGACUGAGAAGCAAAUGGAUGGAUGUUAAAACAAAUUGAAGUCUUUAUGCACAGAUAAAUCGAGUUUGUACUUCAAAAUGUGCAAUACUGAUAUUGAGAGAGAGAGAGAGAGAGAGAGAGAGAGAGGGAGUGGGGGGGGGGGGUCUCUUUGAAACUUUUUGUAAUGCUGACAUCUUAUAUGAUCGUAGUUAGCCUAUUUUGUGUUUUUUAAAAAUGUGCAUAUAAUAUUUACAUAGGGAUAUGAAAAAGCUGGUCCAGAUAAAGAUACAACACAGUAUGCCAGAUGGCUGACAAAUUUAUUUAGUGUAGCUGUUUGACAUAAUCUUUAUGUAUAAUAUAUAAACUGGCUACUGAGAUAAACUACCGAUUGACAGCACAAGUGCGUACUAUGUAACUUUCUAUAGAAACAUGUUGCUCUAAUGUUUCUUUAGCAAGAAUGACAUGUGUUGUAUGCGUAUGGGCAAAACGAGUUAUGUGAAAUGACAUUUAUGAAAGUUUUAUAUCUCUUUUACGACCAACAUAAUGUUUGCUAAAUAUGUUAAAUUGUAUAUAUGGGCAAGACAGAUGAUCAUUUUUUGUUGAUAAGCAUUAGUUCUGCAUGAGUCUUAUGGAUUGAUAAAUGAGCCGCGCCAUGAGAAAACCAACAUAGUGGUUUUGCGACCAGCGUGGAUCCAGACCAGCCUGCGCGACCGCGCAGUCUGGUCAGGAUCCAUGCUGUUCACUUUUACAGCUUAUUGGAAUUGGAGAAACUGUAAGCAAACAGAAUGGAUCCUGACCAGACUGCGCGGAUGCGCAGGCUGGUCUGGAUCCAUGCUGGUCGCAAACCCACUAUGUUGGUUUUAUCAUGGCGCGGCUCAAAUGUAUCUAUAAAGUUAAUAAAAAUGCAACAGUUAUGAUACAAUUGAUCUUAGAUAACAUCACUGGUUAACGAGAAUUUAAUAGUGGUUUAUUGAUUAAUCGCUGACCUUGUAUAUGUGUGAGCUUAAAGUCGACUUAACGCCAUACCUUUUUGUUCAUAUACCAGCUGUGUUUUUCAACAGUUUUAUAAAAACAUAUAUAAUUAACUUAUGACCGGAUUAUUAAAACAUCAGAUCAGAUUAAAACAUCAGAUCUUGAAGAUAAUAUUUAUUAGAUGAAGUGUAUUCUUGAAAAAAUAAACCUAUGCAAUUCUUACGUGUUUGUGUUGAAGGUUAAAUCAGCUAAAUUUGAAUGCUUCAAGUAUGCAAGUUGACUGUGUGUUCGGUAGCUUAAGAUAUGAUAUUGUUACAACACGUAAUGCAAAACCCUAAGGUACAGAAAUAUCGCGCGUUAAGAUAAGUGAUGUUGAGCAAUUUUUGUAUUCAUAGGUGUUCUUAUUGUUUUAUUUAUAUUAUUUCUUUCUUUUCUAUUCUAUUUAUAUAUUAUAACUUUAUGUUUUAGUUUGACAUAUCAGUCAACUACUAUCAUUACCUUUUUUAAACCUUUAUCCUGCUAAAUUUCUAAAAUGGACUGGUCUAUCAUUCAGUUUGGGCAGUACCAUUUAUUAUUUGAAGGAAUGUUCACUGAAAAUUUACUGACUGAAUAGCGAACAGCGCAGCCCAUGAUCAGCCUGUACGUCUGAUCUUGGUCUGCACUGGUCGCAAAAGCAGAAUCACUUGUUGGAAGCAGGGUAAAGGUUAAAUGAUUCUUUGAAAAAGGUAGAUUGUUCCAUACAUUAACUGAAUAAAUUUGCUUCGCCUUGAGAUAAAUGUCUGUACGCAAUUUGCCAAGUAGACAAAUUUAUUGGUCUGUCCGAAUGCAAUUGUUCUUAAACAUGACGAUAUUUUGGAAAAUAAAAUGGCAGAAAAAGC